AUGCCAUUGGAUGAGGCUUUUACCUUCGGUCUUCUCACAUCUCGUCAAUGCAGGGUGGAUGGGUAUCAAGAGUGCCUGCACUGCCAGUACACCCACCCCUCAUUCUCGGUCUUCUACCCACCGACUUUCUACACUGUACGCAACAAUCACAACUUCUCUCAGCAUAUCGCGGAUCCCAAGAAGCCCGAAGAUGGCUUGUUCCUCUAUUUCUUCCCAAAUUGUACGCUGAACGUUUACGGUGGCGGUAUGUCGUCUUUCCGUGUGUGUCCAACUGCGGAUCCCCACGUUACUCGUAUGGAAUUCGACUACUACCACCUCGCCGAGGGUGAAAAGUUUGAAGAGUACUUCAAGUUUGUCCGACAGGUGGCAAUGGAAGACUAUGAGCUUUGCGAAAAAGCCCAGGAUAACUUGGCCAAGGGUGUUUAUCAUGAGGGUAUCUUGAACCCGGAAAAGGAGAAUGGUGUCUCUUGUUAG